GGUGUUUACCUCUUUCGACAAAAACACUGGCCCGACCGUUCGGUAUGCUACAUCUCGCCAAGAAUUUGAAACUGUUGAGUCCUCCGUGACAUCAUCUAAAGGAAUGUAGAACGACUGAAUACAAUGAGUAUUGCUCUGCGCAACCUCCAGAGAGUGGUGCCCUUACGCAGGGCCAGGCUGAGGAAGGAUGUGGAAACUCUUCGGCAGAUUAUGGGAAUCCAAAAAUUUGAUUUGGGUUUCAUUUGUGUAGACAACCAAAGGAUAAAACACAUUAACAAGAAAUAUAGGCAUAUGUCCAUUCCCACAGAUGUGCUGUCUUUUCCCUUUUAUGAGGAUCUUAAGGCAGGAGACCUUCCAAAUGCUACCCAUCAGGAUGAAUGUAACCUGGGAGACAUAUUCUUAGGAGUGGAAUUCAUCUAUAGGCAAUGCCAAGUGCAGACUGAAGACUUUUAUGAAACUCUGACAGUAGUAGCAGCUCAUGGAAUUUGCCACCUACUGGGAUACAGACAUAGAACAGAGCAAGAAUGGAAACAGAUGUUCCAGAAGGAGAGCCAAGUCCUUGAAGAGUACAACAGAUGUACCGGACUCAAACUCCAGCCACUUACAAAAAAUCAUUUUUCUUAACUUGAACCCAGGAGAAAACAAUGAAUGUUUUAAUAUUCAGCUGAACUUUUCACUAAAAAAGGGAACACAAUCUGUUUGUUGUUGUAAAGAUAUGCUUUAUGUGAAAAAGGAGCUUCCUUAAUGCUUGCAAAUUUGACACACUUCAAACACACAAAAUAUCUAAAAUUAUUUUCACAAUUUAAUGCAGUGCGAUACAUUAGUACUGAAGUAGUGCUUUGAAUUUCAUGAGAUGUUAAAGGUCAGGUUACAAUGGACUUUUGAAAAAAAUGCAGAGUAAUUGCCAAAUAUUAGCUAUAUUGGGUUGAGCUAAUCCCCAGGAAGUCCAACCACCUCUCAUAUCCUACACACACACACACACACACACAAUGUUAGGUUACAUGCCGUACAUUUGUGUUUAAAAAUGUACUGAGGUAUUGCAAGGAAAACAUUAAUAGUGGAAUGACUAACUGGCACCCUGCCCGGGGUUUGUUUACUGCCUUGCACCCUGUGUUGGCUGGGAUUGGCUCCAGCAGACCCCCGUGCCCCUGUAGUUAGGAUAUAGCGGGUUGGAUAAUGGAUGGAUGACUAAUUGUCAUUGACUUGAAUUGGGGAGGGAGCUGGGGACCAUGGACGCUAUUGGAGGAUUUUGCACAUUUGGUUGUGGUUCUUUCAACAGCAAACAUUUUCCAUUUUUCUAAACAAAAUGUAAAUAGGUAUAUUUAAAUCAUUUUUACAAAACAAUCCAGUCUUUAAAAGCACAAAAACAUGUUAAAAUUUACCAAUAAAACUGUAUUACAAAUUGUUUUAGAUUAAAUGAAUGGGCUUAAAUACCACCUGCAUUUUCUCCUUUCACAGGAAGUUCUGUAAAUAUUUACGUUUGUAAAAAAAUAAAAAAUUCUAUAGUAGUAGGAAAUUAGUUAGGGUGCUUCAUAUAUAAAACGUUCCUUGGAUUGCAUACUAACAUUUUGCUUAUGCUCUCAAAGGCAAAAAUGGCAUAUGCACAAAAAAAUGGUUUUAUAAAACCGUAUGUAUGUAACAUGCCAUGCCAAGUUCCUUUGUAAAUCUCAAAUCAACUUAGAACUAUGCAAGCCACCUUGCAACAACAUUAAUCAGACACAUUUAGGAAUCACAUUUUACUUGUAUAUUAACUGAGUGAAGGUGCUUUCUGUUUAUAUCAUUUACAAAAGCAGGUUCAUUCAUUGAUUGUACAAUUUAUCAUAAUAUCUGUGCAUUGAUUACAAUAGAAAAUACAAUUGCUUCAAAUUGUCUUUUAAUCUUGGCUUGCUCACCCUGACCAUGAGGAGACUAGAUAUAGCUGGGUAGCAUCUUAAUUUUACCAUUCCAUACAGAUGAUGCAACACAGCUGGGGGAUGGCUGCAAGAUACCCUGCCAGUUAGUGGCCACUUCAUGCUGAAAAGCUUUUAUCGCCAAAUACCCUACAGCUGUUAAAACCUGUGAUGGAACAGGGAUUACAUGAUUUCUGCAUGUCAGUCUCUUGUAAUGUAGGCACAAUUCAACACACAACUCGGACUCUAGGAAGUCUAAAUUGUCUUAUAACCCAGUCAUAAUUAUAUGCCAAAAAAAUUACUGUGAUCCCUGAAGACUCGAGUCUUUGUAUAGCUUGCCAUUGGCAAUAUAUUUGUGAAUUUCCCCUUGGGAUUAAUUAUCUAUCUAUCUAUAUCCUCCAAAAUAGACAACAAUGCCAUUGCCAGCUAUGUCAUAUAACACCGUGCACACAUUUUUCAUAAACAAAUCAGAUAAGCCAUACACUAAUGCAAUUAACAUUAAGCUUAUUCAUUAGGAGUUAUUACCAACACUGAAGACAGGUGUACUGAGAGAGCAUGUUAAUUAACCGUGAUAUAAUUAGUUCAGUAACAUUGUGAUGUGAUGACUCUCACGUCAUUGAAAUAAAACAAGAUUUUCAGUCCACUUCAUUGUCCUGCCGCCUAGGGUCGCUAAGAUGCCAUCAUUGUGGAAAUUUGUCCUAACAUUAAGCCAAUUUUCACACUAACUUUUUGUUAUAAAUCUCAGCCUUUGCAUAAGAAAAGGCUGGCACACAUUUCCAACUCUGACCUCCUUUUACACAUGAGGCCCCAGAUGUUUUGCAUUAUUAUUUGAUUGGUUUUGUGAAUAUUCUGUCAAGUACACUAACAAAAUCAAAUUAGUUUAUGUAUGUCAGUAGCAAAAACAAAUAACCUUUUUAAAAUUAAAAAAAUAAUGUUUCACUUUAUCUUUUAUUCUUACAUUAAUCUCAAGUAUAUUUUGCUUAUUAUACACAUUUCCUGAGAGAUUAUAUUUCAAAUGUAUUAUUUACUAGGCUGGAUAACUGUUUCAAGUUUAAAAAAUUCCAGUAUAAGAUGGUAUUUCCAAUACUUAAUCAGAAUGGUGACAGCCGUACUUCAUCUAAAAGCUCUUAGGAGAGCAUUUCUAAAGGAAAAUGUGCUAGCAAAAGCCGGCAAAUAAGGGAGAACCCAUCCUUCAAACAGCUUCAGAAAGGAUUUGAGCUGACACUUGACUGUUCUUACUAAUUAAUAAUGUCUGAGGCUAGGAAGGACUGAAUUCAAAUUAAACCUUUGAUUCCUCUGACCUACAUCUGUACUUGGUUACAACCAUUUUCAGAAGAUAAGCAUUUCUAAGUGUUAAAAUUUGUAAUAUACCUUACAUAGAUGGAACUUUAUUUGUCUGUAGGGUAAAUUUGGCAAUGCUGUCUAACUGUUGUUACUGAGAAGAUGUAAAGUGGAAAUAAUUUUAAAGAAAAAAAAUUAUGAAAUAGAUAAAUGGAAACUAUAAAAUUUGAGUCAUAACAAUGGCUGCACUUUAAUAAAAUCCAGUUUUGUCUGAUAUUCUUAACAACAGGAAUUGUUAAAGUUACAUAUGUACAAACCUACAAGAUUGUUUAGUAAACUCUAGAAGCAAGCUCAUACUUUUAUUUAAUCCCACCAACCCAGGGCAACUAUUUACACACCAACUUUUUAAAGCAUACUGAAUUGAUGAUAUAUGUUGAUGCUAUAAAUUGCAACAACAUUGCUGAAAAGUUACAACUGUAGCACACCAUUCCCCUUUUAACGGAAAAAGGGACAUCAAUAAAUAUAACCUCUUUAUUAAGAACAGGGAGAGCAAAACACACACACACAUAAAACCACACAC